GUUGGUGUUUGCUUGCAGAAAUUAGACACAGAGGAGAUCAGUUUGUCAUUUGGGUGGUCAAAUAUCAAGAAACAAGAGUCUUUGGGCAAAUCACAUUUGAGGAGUGAAAAUGUCUCAACUUGGCGUACAGAAUACAAACUCACCUAGCGAUAUUUCCUUGUUGCCCCAGAAAGACCUUUUCAUCAAUUCUUCACCAAGAAGCCCGUUGAACACUGAAAAUCUUGAUAAUGAGUUAAUUGAUUUAGAGACAGCCAGUCCUCUGACUGCUGACACUUACGAGCAGUUGUAUCAGGAUGCCUUAGAUAUGCAAAGCUCAGACCGGUCUCCUAAAUUCGAUCCUGAGCUACGCUUUCUUGUUGCAGAAGAUUUUGCAAAGGAAGAGAAGACAUUGAAAAAAACUCUGGUUAGGGUUGAUAGCACUAAAUCAUUGAACUGUAGUUCUCCUAAGUCAAAAACAAUUAACCAAUCUUUAAGUUCAAAAAAUGUAUCUUCUCCCAGACUCCCAAAGCCAAAAACAAGGAGUAAAUCUUUCCAAGAUAACAACAACCUACUUCUUGGAAGCCCCAAAGGCAGCCCAAGAAAAAUCGAAAAGAACCUCACACAAGGAUCGCAGAACGGAAAAGAAGAUCCAGUAUACUUAGGGCCUUACUUCCUUAAGCAAACAAGGGAGUUGUUGGCAUCGGGAGAAAAUCCAAAGAAAGCUCUUGAAUUGGGUAUAAGGGCAAUGAAAGCAUUUGAAUGCGGUCGAGCUCAGAAACCCAAUUUGGAUUAUGUCCUGUGUUUGCAUAUUGUAGCAGCAUUGUACUGUAGUUUAGGGCAGUACGGUGAAGCCAUUCCUCUGCUAGAGCGUUCUAUCGAAAUACCAAGAGUGGGUGAAGGCGAAAAAAACGCGCUAGCUAAGUUUGCAGGCUGUAUGCAGUUAGGUGAUACAUACGCGAUGCUUGGAUAUAUCGAAAACUCCAUUCUAUGUUAUACAGCCGGUUUGGGAAUCCAAAGACAAGUUUUAGGUGUAACGGAUCCUCGAUUUGGGGAGACUUGCAGGUAUGUAGCCGAGGCUCAUAUUCAAGCUAUGGAAUUCGAUGAGGCCAAGAAACUAUGUCAAAUGGCUCUUGACAUACACAAAGCAAAUGGGUCAACUGCUUCUGAAGAAGAAGCAGCUGACAGGAGGCUUAUGGGGCUUGUUUGUGAUGCCAAGGGAGAAUAUGAGGCUGCCCUUGAGCAUUAUGUGUUGGCAAGUAUCACCAUGUCCGCAGCAGGGCAAGACGCUGAAGUUGCUGCCAUUGAUGUGUGUAUCGGUGAUGCCUAUCUAUCGUUGGCUCGCUAUGAUGAAGCUGUUUUUGCUUAUCAGAAAGCUCUGAAUGUGUAUAAGGCAAUAAAAGGAGACAAUCAUCCAUCGGUUGCAUCUGUUUUUGUCCGUUUGGCCGAGCUGUACAACAGGAUUGGAAAGUUCCGUGAAUCCAAGUCUUAUUGCGGAAAUGCAUUGCGAAUUUAUGAGAAGCCGAUGCAGGGGAGCCCAAAUGAUGAAAUUGCAAAUGGUUUCAUUGAAGUUUCUGCUAUUUAUGAAUCCAUGAAUGAACUUGGCCCAGCAAUCAACUUACUGAAAAAGGCACUCAAGGUUUUCGGGAAGGCUCCGGGUCAACUGAGCACGAUUGCAGGAGUUGAAGCACAGAUGGGAGUUCUUUAUUACAUGAUGGGGAUUUACUCUGAUUCAUAUGAUUAUUUCAAGGUUGCCAUUUCAAAACUAAGGGCAGUGGCCGAAAAGAAAUCAGCUUUAUUUGGCAUUGUUUUGAAUCAAAUGGGACUGGCUUGUGUCCAGAUCGACUUGCUAGAUGAGGCUGCUGAUUUGUUUGAAGAAGCAAAGGGUGUUUUGGAGGUGGAAUAUGGUUCUCAUCAUCCAGACACACUUGCCGUCUAUAGCAAUCUUGCUGGAACUUAUGAUGCAAUGGGCAGAUGGGAAGAUGCGAUAGAGAUACUGGAAUACGUGGUUGGGAUGAGAGAGGAGAAGCUUGGAACAGCAAGUUCCGAAGUCGACGAUGAAAAACGAAGGCUGGCCCAGUUAUUAAAAGAUGCAGGCAGGGGUAGAAGCAAGAAAUCUUUGUCACUUGAAUUCCUACUUGAUGGUUAA